AUCAUUCCGAGGGAUGAGCUAUCCCAAUGACCGCCAGGAUGGGGAGCUCAACGAUCACGUUCACCAUGUGCUCUCCUCCGAACCCUCUAUCAGUGAAUCUGCUCUCAAAACACCCUCCUCUCCCCGCUCGAAAUCCAAUAAGCUCCCCAAAAGGCUUGCCGUAACUGGCCUCAUCCUUGCCAUUGUCUUCGGCAUUUCCUGCAUGGUCUUGGGAGUUGUCACUUUGAUUCUCAUACCGGACGAGGACGCAGGUGUCAUAUCUUUCAUAGCAGAUUCGACCGCCCAAGAGUUUGCAAGGUUACUCCUCAACUUUUGUGUCACGAUAUGUACAGAAGCGAUCGGUUUCGCGCAUGGAAUCGCACUGCGAUCCGCGUUGGCGCGGGAAGGUCGACUCCAGUACAACACCCUUGCAAGACUUACGGGUGCUACCCGUCGUGAUCGUUGGACUGGCUGUAACGGCCUUUUGGGCAACAUCUCCAUGUCGAUGCUUCUAGCCCUGACAUUUGCGUCUAGCUCCUUGACCAUGCAAACCACUAACCAACGCUCCGACCGCUACACAUUCUACAUCAAUGCCAAUCCCCUCAUUGUACUCGGUGUCUGCAUCCUCAUCCAAGCGUCUGUUGCAUUUCGCGCCUUCCACAUUACACCCAUCAUCACAUGGACGACUGGUGCUCUUGAGAUGACAUCCGCGCUCAUAAACGACGGACAACUCAUCCGAGUGGAUGGAAGAAGCAUGUGCUCCCUUGUGGACCAAGGAUCGGCUCCAUGUCCUAGGUUCCCUGCACUCCGCCAGCCAUCGCUUUGGAAGGCGCGCCGUGGCGUACGUGUGUCGAUCUUCGCUCUAUGGGGCCUCAUAGUUGUAUAUAUCAUCCUGGGCGGUGUAACCCUCUACUUCACGGAGAAAAACACGGCAUAUACCCACUUGCCAUGGUCUCUUCUUCCAGGCGCGAAUUACAAUGUCGUAUCGUCACCUUUCUUCGCGCAUGCGACGGAAGCGCAGCAGUGGACCAUGUUUUUCGUGAUCUAUCUCUUGACGCAGAGCUGGAUGACACUGGUGCUACACUAUGUCGAGGUUGUCGCCAAUUCUUUGCAUGAUGAGUGGAUCUGGCGGAGGAUUGGUCGCUCGAGUGGCUCGAAGCCGAUGGCAAAUUCAUAUGCGAGCUUCUUGGCUAACCCUGUCAAGAUUUUGCUGUUGGUUGCUAAACCCGUACUACAUUGGAUGUAUUCGCUCGCUUCAGUUGCUGCAGUGAUCCCAAACGGUAAUCAAUACAAUGUCCUUAGUUUUGGUGCCGCACAGGUACGACACUUCAUCGCGCAAUUGCUCUUUCUUCCUUGCCAGCUUAAUCUUCACGCCAUCAUAGAUAUGGAAUCUCUGCUUCGCGCUUACUUUCCUCGCCAUCAUUCUAACAUUGUUGGCAAUACGCCGUCCUUCUGGCCCCCAACCCGCGGCAUAUGGUCAUCUCCAGACACUCGCCAAUCUCGUUGACGAGUGGCCGGCGCUUGAAGGUGAUAGGGUCUGGUGGGGACACAAGGGCGAAGAUGAGAGUGAGGAAAACUGGAACAGCGAGCAAGACUCUGCCCCAGUAUGUCACGCGGGAACGAGUACGAGGAAGAUUCCUCCCGUAAAUUUUCGCAGGAUGUACGCAUAGUGGAUGCUUGUGUGGUGCACUAAUGUGGAUCGAUAUUAUAAGACUAAUCUUAUUAUUCUGACUGUUUUUCAAUCAG